UAAAGGUUUAGUACAGCAAUAAGUUUUUAUACCAUCUGUGCAUUAUUUAAGAAAAAUAAGUGAAGUUGCUUUAAAAUAAAAUUUUUAUUGUUUUUACUGGUUUGAACUAUAUUAUGUUACGCUCAUAGUCACACAUUUAUCUUGAAAUUAAUUUUAAUGAAUGCUUCAUUAAAAAUGCGUUGAGUAAUAGGUUAGGAUUCAAAUAUAAACAGGUCAUUACAUGUUGGAGAAAUUAACUUGUGGUUUUCUGUGUUACAUACGACCAAAUAUUUGAUACGACUUAACACAUCUCGAGUUUUAAUUUGUUUGUAAUGAAAACCCGAAACAAUGUUUUAUUUUUGUAAUAAGUAAAAAAGUAUGGAUGCUACAUUCGCGAAUUUAGUUUUUGGUCUAAAGUUUUACUUGUUUUAUACUUAGCCCAUUUCACGUUCCACAAUCAUAUUUAAAUGUAAAACUUGGAACGGAAAAGAUCAGCAUUGCUUGUACGCUUCCAUGUACCCCCGGGUUCCUGUAUGUUACCAGAUCUGCAGAUCACAAAAUUCACUGAAGAGGAGAGAGAGACUGCCUAACUGGUCACGUGGGCUCGUGGCACGGCAGAGCACGGCUGUCGCUCGUGUGUGCAGCCGGGCGAGGAGUGGCGUCGAGCAGCCGGAGCGAGCGACAUGAGCAUUGUCGAGCCCAUCAUCACGCUGACCGUCAAGGACGAGAUAAAGCUGGAGCAAGAUGAUGCGGCUUGCCUCGAGCGUACAUUGGAGAAGGCUCAAAUGAUCGACUGGAAGCAGGAAGAUUCACAAGACGGUCAAAAUGGCGUGCGGUGGCUGGAAAAGGUCAUGCAGCAAGCAGAACUCUGGUCUGGCGCAGUCUGCAACGAUCAAGAGGACUUGGAAUGGCGAUCCAGUUGUCGAAUCUGCGGUAAGUUCGCCGGUCAGUCAGCGUGGGACGUGUGCAGGAAGUGCGCCAGGAGACGCGACAAGUUCCCGCGCAAGAAACCGUUUGGUUGCGAGCACUGCAGCAAGAGGUUCUCGGCGAAGUCGCAGCUGGCGGGGCACAUGAAGACGCACGGCACGCGCGUCGUCCCGGCGUGCGAGGUGUGCGGCGAGACGUUCUCGAGGACCAGCCACCUGCGCAGGCACGCGCUGAUCCACACGGGCGUCCGGAGGUUCCUCUGCGACGUCUGCGGCAAGAGGUUCCUGCAGGGCGACCACCUCAAGAGGCACAAGAUGCGUCACACCGGCGAGAAGCCCCACGAGUGCGUGUUCUGCGGGCGCCGGUUCGUGACUCGCGACCACCUCAACGCCCACGUCCGCUCCCACACGGGCGAGCGCCCCUUCUCCUGUGCGGAAUGCGGGAUGUGCUUCCCCUCCCAGAACGGCGUCAGAAUCCACAUGCGCACGCACACGGGAGAGAGACCCCACCACUGCUUCGUGUGCCAGAAGAGUUUCGGCUACCUGUCGGCCCUGAAGGUGCACGCGCUCACGCACACCGGGGAGAAGAGGUUUCGUUGCGACCGGUGCGAGGUUGGCUUCUCACUCCUGAAGAACUUGAAGCUCCAUCAGCUGUCUCACGCCGGGGUGAAGCCGUUCUCGUGCGAGACUUGCGGCAAGUUGUUUGUGGACUUUGGAAAGUACCACUCCCACCUUCAGUUCGUCAAUUGCGAUUCGCUGUUGACCUGCGCGCACUGUGACGCGACGUUCAGCGAGCGCCCGGCACUUACCAGACACGUGAAGAAACACAUCGACGAUAAACCCUACAAGUGUGAGGUUUGUGGGAAGUGUUACGGGGAGCGCUAUCUGCUGAGGACGCACCAGUUGGACCACGUGGAGGAAAAACCGUUUCGGUGCAGCGUGUGUGGGAAGGGUUUCAAGUUGGCCAGACUCCUCCAGGCACACUGCGUGGUGCACUCGGACGAAAGGCCGUUUCGUUGCGAGUUCUGUGGUGCUGGUUUCGCACGCGGUGCCCACCUGCGGACGCACGUACGGAUUCACACGGGGGAGAAGCCGUUCCGGUGUGGCCACUGUGACGCCAGAUACAAGAACAGCAGUAGCCUCAAGAUACACAUCCGCACCCACACGGGCGAGCGGCCUUACACCUGUUCACAGUGCAGUCGGGCGUUUGCUGUGCGUUGCAAUCUGAAAGCGCACAUGAAGAUUCACAAUCUCAGCUGAGCUGACUAAUUCAUGUUGUAAUGUUAUUGGUUUACUAGUUUAAUUUCUUGAUAUGUGCUGUUUGUUAGCCCCAUGAAUUUUAUAUAUAAUUUAUAUACAUUGAAAUAUUAUUUUUCAUCAAAUUCAUUUCCAAUUUCCUAAAAUCAUUAUGAUGUUAUGAGAUGUUUAGUUCGUUUUUCUGAAUGUCUUCAAUUAUAUUUUAUGGCACCCUAUCAUAGACUCAAAACACUUUUACACCUCUGAGGAAUUCAGAAUUAUUCAUUGAAUAACUUAAUUUGGUACACUGCUAGGUAACUAAUUAUUAGGACAGUAUUUUAUAUCGAAUUGCGACUAAACCAAAAUAACACCGAAAGGCACAAAACACACCAUUUAAUGUUGAAAUACAACAGCAACAAAAUGAAAUUGAAGUCAUGAAAUCAACCAGGAUUUUAAAAAAAAUAAAAACACAUGAAAAUGUUAUCAUUUAGUGCAUUAAAUUCCUUGAUGUAAUUUAUUUACCACAAAGUUUGUACGUAUCAAAGUGUAAGUAAAAAUUAAUUUUACAUAGUUAAUUUUUGUUUAUUGAUUUUCAACAAAUAUAAACUUUAUGGAUGGUACAUUUUUCAAACACACGUAUGUUCACGAAUUAAUUUUUUAUUGGUCUUGGUAAUCUUGUCAUUGUCAUGCUUAUUACAGAUUAUUUUAUUGUAAAAAUAUGUUGCCAGAAUUUAACCAUUUUGGUAAAAUUAGUAGGUAUUAAUCCUUGAACUCUGGUUGACUUGUGUAGCAGUCGAGACCUGGCUGGCUCGCUGACCGAUGGACUUCUGUGGCAGUCUGCAGUCAGUCAGCCUCCCGGGGAUAAGUGCUGUGGAGGCCGGACCUCAGUGCUAUCUAGUGGUUGUCUCAUGAGUCUUUACUAACUGCUGCGGCCACUAGAUAUCAGUGGUUUACAGUUUCUCACUGGUGAUUAUUUGUUCAAUGUGCGGCCAGUCGUAAAUCAUUUUAGGGAGAUGUAUAUACAAACCAUUUAGGCUCAUGUGAAAUUUGUGCAUUUAUGAGUCGCUGAUGUUGACUACAAUAAAACAGUAUAUUCUGCAAAAAAGGAGCAGUUCUGGAGUGAAACUGUUUGUUAUAUGGGAUGUUCUUACCAAUUAUAUUUUAGACUUUAUUGUGUAUUGUGGAGUGCCUACAGACAUUAAAAAAAUUGGUUGUCUGUAAAGUCGGUUUACGGACGAUAGUUUAACUCGAAAAAGUUAAAUCGAUGUUUCUUCCAAUAGAGUGGAAGAGAGAUAGAUGCGGCGUAAGCGUACAAUGAGCAUAACGGGACAAAGCGUAACGGGACAAUGAGUAAUCCUUUUUUGUGCAUGCAGCCGGCGUUCAUCGAUUUAUUAGACGUCACGCCAAAAAAUUUGUUUUGACAUUUCUGGUGACAUUGUAGCUAGCCUAAUUCAACUGUAUUUACAAAAGGGACAUACACACACUUUUCUGCGACGACUGGUACACCAGCCCAGCAUUGUUUUGUUUGCUUUAUGACCAGGCAACAAAUGCGUGUGGGUCUGUUCAUCACACAAGGAAAGAAAUGCCUAAAAUUGCUGGAAAGCUUAAAAAGGGAAAAUUUUAUUUACAGUCUGUUUCAGGACUAAUGCUGGCACUAAAAUGGUGUGACAAAAGAUAUGUUUAUAUGCUCUCAACUUUUCAUCAAGCAGACAUGACUGAAACUUAACAAAACUCGACAAAAACACUUAACCAAAUGAUGUACUUAAUUACUUAAUUACAAUAAAUCAAUAGGAUAUGUUGGCAGAAGUGAUAUGAUAAUUGAAAAUGGUGGAAAGUAUCAGGAGAUCAUAAAAGUGGUACCGCAAACAGGUUUUUUUUUCUUCAUAUUAUUGAUAUGACUGUUUUUAAUUUGUAUUGUUUAUACAAUAAAUUUGUCGCAAAAACUUUGUAUGCUAAUUUUCAAAUGAAAAUUGUUGAUCAAAUAUUGGAAAAGUACAACAUAAAAAGAAUAAAUUCGGGGGGAAGAAGAAGAUCAGACUUUCCACCGAGACUGACAGCAGUACCUCAUCUUCCCAAUGAGUGGAGUCUAUACAGGAUAAGAGAAAGCAAACUAAAGUUUUUUUUGCAAAGAAUUCAAUACAACACUAUGUACUACUCUUUGCUUCAACAUUUAUCAGACUAAAAAAAAAAGUUUUAAAAUAUUUUACGAUCUAAAUUAAUGGUGGUAGGCUAACUGUAUUCAUUAUCUUUUUUAUGGAAAUUAUAUAAAUAUCCCAAAAAAUUAUUAUAUUCAAAUAAAUUUAAAAAUUGAACAAAAACAUGUUUACCAGUGCCAAGUAUAUAAUUAAAAUUUUAAAAAAGGACUCUGAAGAAUUUGAGUAUCCCAUGCAGGGGUCAUAGUGAAACAUUUCAUUGUCAUAUCUGUUGAAUAAUGCACUAUUUUUAUGAAUACACAUUUUAUAAAAAUUAAAACAGCCAAACUGGAAUUUCCUGUUUUAGAAACUAAAUUGGCUCUAAAAAUAUAACUAAAAAAUAUGUAGUCUUCCUAGAAGCAAGGUUGUGUUUUUUGUAAAGUGAUAAAACCAAAAUAACACAGAAAUGAAAGUAACUCCAAAAUGCAACAAAAUUCACCUGUAUUGCCUAAUUUUUGUCUAUCAAAAUGUAAAAUUAAAUUCAUAAAUUUUUAGUUUGGUUUUUUAUUAAAAAAACUUUACAGUUAAGAGAAAAAAAUCAAUGAAUAAGUAAUCAGUAUCAUACUAACAUGGCUAAAAGACAUAUGGAGAAACAUAACAUGGAUAUGUGUAAUAUUUUUGCAUUAUCAUUAUUGAAUUAUGAGUUUUUUUUUUACAUAAUGAUGAUGUAACAAUACAACUGACACCAUAAGUAAAUAUUUCUAAUCAAAAUUCUGUCAGAACCAAAAAGAAAUUCAAACCAUGCCACAUUUUUCUCACUAUUAAUAAUUUCUAAAAUGCAAAAACUUAUUUUCUUGUUUUAGAUACAGAAAAUGUGAUAUAUGCCACAAUUUGAGUAACUUUGUAUAGUUAUUCAUGAUUUUUAACAAUAUAGUUUUAGGAAAUUAUAUUGCUUGUUAUUUGUUUAGUUCUAUAAGUGUUAUAACUUUUAAUAUAUAGCUCAGUCGAUUGGUUUGGUUAUUUUACAUUAGAUAGUCAUAAAACAUUUAUUUUUUACGUAUAAUAAAAAUAUAUCUUAGAAACAUAACCAAAGUAUGGGUAUGUGAUUGGGUAUGUGAAUAUAUGUCUACGCAUACAAAUAAAGAAGAGUUUAUGUUUGUAUGUUUUUUUGUACAAACUUACUGUGUUAAUCCGAGCUUGAUUAAGUUUUGUACACUUGACAAUCAAAACAAGAAACAUGUCACAGUCUACAUAUGAUUUCUAAAUACCACCCCCAUUUUCCUGUCACACCCAAUGGUAUUUUUGAGUUCAUGUCAUUCUAUUUUAUGAUUGCUAAACAGUGUUGUGAUAUUUUCAAGUAGUUUAGUUUACCAAUCGUUCAGGUUUUCGAAUGUUAGUUCGGUUAGCUAUAUUUAAAAUGCUGUAAAUUGUGUUAAAUGGCAGCUUUGUUUACAUUAACAACAUUAAAAAUACUUUUACCAAGUUUUUCAUGACAGUAUUACUCAAAAAUAUCAUUUUCAAAGUUUUAAUUUUUUUUUCCCCAGAUGACCACCUAUUCUAGAUGUUUCACAGAAUCAUUUAUGAAAUAAAUGAUGUACAAAAAUUCAAGUUUUGAAGUUAACUAUGUUUCAUUGUUAAAAGUUGUAUAAUCUCUGUACCUUUGUUUUCACUUUUAAAUUUAGGUCAUUUUUCAUGAUCUUAAAGUCAAUAAAGUUUUGCAGAUUGCGAAAAUGUGUUUUAAUAAAAAUGAAUGGAGUAUAUAUUCAUUUUUUUAAUUACAACAAGUUUUCAACUGACGAGAGAAAAUCUGAGAUUGCCCAUUGUAUUAAUACACAGGAACUUAAGUUUCACGGACAUUCUUCAUGCUGAGUGGCUAGGAUUGCUGCAGUCAGGUGCCUCCAGUGUUUGCCAUGUUAGAAAGCCUGAGAUUCCUGCAUUGUCCUAAUACAAUAUUUGCUAAUACGUUUAACAAUACGCAUCCCACUGCAUGUUUCACGUAAAUGUGUAACCUUGUGUGGUGUUUUAAACCAUUUUUUUUAAAAAAAAACCUUAUUAACAUUUUGUUGUUAAAACUCAUGUAUCCAAGUUGAAAGUAAACCACAAAAUUCACCCU